UCAGCCGGCCGUGGUGGGUGCUGGUCGGUCCUCUCCCGUCCCGCGCCGCGCCGGACCACCAUGUUGAUAAUGGAAGACCAAGGUGCGCCAGAUCUGCGCCGGUUUUAUCUGGGCCACGCGCAGGUGCGCAGCGCCGCCGGCUCUCCAUGUCGCUGCCUGUUCGGGCCGGCAGACACGGAGGCCACGCGCCGCUUCGUACAGGGCGAGAUGAAGGAUAUCUACGAGCGUCAGAAGAAAAAGUGGAACUUCGAUUUCGAACUAGAGCGGCCGGUGCCAGGCGGCAGGUACCAGUGGGAGCGCGUGGGCGGUGCGCCGCCCGAGCAGUCGCGCACGGAGGCCGGCUUCGGCGCGACCGAGCCGGCGGCGACGCCGGCAGAGCCCGCCGCCCAGCCUGCGUCUCUCCACCAGCGUCAGAUCACAGACCUGGUGAGGACGAGGAAGCGGACGGCCGAGACGGCCAAGAGCGCAGCCGCCCCGGACGCCGCGCCGCCGGCGAAACGGUCGGCAAGCUCCGAGGACGAGCAGCCGUCCGCGCCGCUGUGAUACAUGUAUAGACAGACCGGCCGCCCGGACGGAGAGUGCGCCUGUGCGUCUGCCGAGAGUGCGUGAGUGUCCACACUGCCAGGAGGGGACGCGCGUGUGCGUGCCGGGCGGCGUGCGCGACGGGCGAGGUCAGCGGCCUGACCUGACCUGACCCGCCGGCUGGAACGGCCUGGUGCCACCGGGAAGACAGGAGGCGCCAGACGGGAAGCCUCCACUUGGCAACAGUGCUCAUCGGCCAGCGACGCUCGCCGGCGGUCACCAGCCGUCGCCGAGUCCCAUCAACGGUCAUCACUUGGGUCUCACCACCAGUUACCAGCCGUCGCGGGCUCUCUCACCCGCCGUCGGCCGCCGGCGCCGGGCGGCGUUACCAGUCGGCCUGGUGCCCUGCUGUUUGGCGGAUGGACGGUGGUGACGCGGCCCGGGGUGACCUGAUGUCGCGGUGCUGCCGUUCGUCGCUGGCGCACGCCAGUGGAGCGUCACCCUCGGAGCCGUUGCGCCGCGCCCCGCCGGCACCGCUGACCAAGGCGCCCUGCCGGCACCAAUGACCGAGACGCCUCACCGGCACCGCUGACCAAGGCGCCCUGCCGGCACCGCUGACCAAGGCGCCCUGCCGGCACCGCUGACCAAGGCGCCCUGCCGGCACUGCUGACCGAGGCGCCCUGCCGGCACCGCUGACCGAGGCGCCCUGCCGGCACCGCUGACCAAGGCGCCCUGCCGGCACCGCUGACCAAGGCGCCCUGCCGGCACCGCUGACCAAGGCGCCCUGCCGGCACCGCUGACCAAGGCGCCCUGCCGGCGUCAGCUCCCGUGUACCGCAUUAGCUGCCGCCUCUGGCACGGCGGUGUGUUUUGUACCAUACCGUUUCGAAAAAAUAGCCGAAUCUAGGGUGUAUUCUGUUUACAGAAGAAAGCACGGUAAAUAGCUUUAAAUGCCUUUUGGUUAUCCCCUGCGGGAUGUCUAAUUCUUCGGACUUUGACGUCGGUCGCUUCAGUGCUCUGAAGGCGGCCGUAACCCAUGUUUAGUGGUGCUGUCCGUGUGUAGCCUUCUUUGUUCCCCGCCGGACUAUGUCUGUCUGCGGCUGCCCGGUCGACAAGGUAAAUAGCUAUAGCCGAGGCUUUGUUACUUUUUGUAGUCGGAGGGUGGAUGGCGUGGUUUGUUUUGUUGUGCGACUUCCUGGGUUAUGACUCCUGGUGCAUCCAAAGAGUAGCUGCACAGUGCGACAGGGGUCCCGCCAUCGUGGUGGGAAUUGAGACACCGAGCCAGUUUCGAGAGGGCCCUCGGAGCAUUCUAGUCCGGUGAUCUCAUUAGGCAGUGUGCAACCUAUUUAUGAUAUAGUUCACUUAUCCGAUUUCUGCUAAAUUAUGUACAUAUCGUAUUCGUGUAUUCCAUUGAUUGUGCACGGUCUUGGUAUCAUGUAUGUCCUAGUAAUAUAUAUGACUAUAUCCCA